AUGUGGACCCCUUCGACUCUGGUGAUCCUUCUCAUUGGUAUCGCAACCGCACGCGCUACGUCUAGUAAUAACACCAUCAGUAAUUCUAAACUUUUGACUUGGUGGCACGACUCCGGCGAGAUCACCCAAUCACCUGUUCAGCCAGCCUCUGUGCGCCAAAGCCAUCUAUAUUCAAUCCAAGUCGCCAACUCUGUGGAUCAGAUCUACUACGAUUCGUUUAUCUAUGAGACAAUACCUCGCAACGGUCAGGGCAACAUCUUGGUCCCCAAUGACCCGACCUCAAAGACUACUGCGAACGAUGGUAUCACCAUCGAGGAAACCAUUGGCAUGACCAUGUCUUGGACUUCGUUUCUCUACUCGGCGGAUGCUUGGGUCAAGGUGCAUCGACUCGAUGGCUUCAGUAUUGAAUCCAACAGCUUUGUUAUCAGACCCACCAACCUCAACUUCACAACUUCUACCGCGAACGGUGAUUUGUUCAUCCUAGUACCAUACGACCAGGGUAGUGGCACAAAGUUCUCGGUAGAGUUCAACGACAACCUCUACGAAUUUCAUGAUGGUUGUAGCGAUCCCUCUUGUUCCUAUGUACAAGAUAGCACCGCAGACGGGCCCUACUAUGUCGAUGAAAUGGAUGAGAACUCCAUGCCGUUGAUGGCUGUAGAGCCUCUCGAUUCGCUGCUUAUCUUUGCCAGUCCUUUCGAGGAUGCGUCUCUGGUCCCUGAUGAGACCUCGGAAAAUGUCUUAGUCGUAGAUGAAGGUCGCAUAACUGGACUGAACACCACCGAAGCCAAUACAAUCAUCUUUAAGGCUGGCGUGUAUUACGCUACUGCUACGGAUUACCUUAAUCUCAGUGCGACAGUCGAUUGGCUCUACUUCGCACCAGGAGCCUAUGUAAAGGGUGCCGUGGAGUUUCACACUGCAUCCUCGCUGAUCAAGACCACAGGGCAUGGCGUGCUCUCAGGAGAACAGUACGUGUAUCAGGCAGAUCCGACGUAUGGGUUCCAGAAUCACAAUGUGAAUGGGUCGCCUUUGCGGAUGUGGAAGGGCACCGUUCCUAAUGGGCAACAGACGACGUGGAUAGUCGAUGGGCCAACACUGAAUAGCCCUCCAUUCAACAGCAUGGAUUGGUACGGUGAUAUAUCGGCUUUUUCUGUCAUGUGUACGGACUAUAAACAAGUUGGUGCUUUCUUUGGACAGACGGACGGUAUGCAAGCAUAUCCCGGAAGUGUCUAUCAAGAUAUAUUCUAUCACACUAAUGAUGACACAAUCAAGAUUUAUUAUUCGAACGUCACUGUGUCAGAUGUCACAGUGCAGAAAGCCACGACCGCCCCAGUCAUCCAGUUUGGCUGGGCAUCUCGAAACCUCAGCAAUAUCCAGGUGGACAACAUCAACAUCAUACACAGUCGCUGGAACAGCAAUGGCUCGAACCCAGGCUUGAUUGGCAGUAACAAUGUCUAUGAUCCCUCUACAGCAUCCACCUCUGCUACAAACACAAGCACGGCCAACACUUACUCCUCGGCCAGCAACAUUGUGUUUGCUAACAUACGAGCCGAGGGUAUCUCUGGGCCUUUGAUGCGAAUCUAUGCUCUAGAGAAUCUCAGCAACAUCACCAUCUCGAAUGUAUGGAUCGAGGAGUUUGGCAGCUGUGGCGGGUACGAGAAUAUCGGCAUCUCGGAGAGCUUCAUGCCCGCCAUGGACGAUGGCAAUGGUAACAAUGUCACUGUCGAUAAUUUUGUCAUCAGCAACUUCAUUGUUGGUGAUGAGAAAGUCUCUCUCGAUACGGCAAGCACGACCGGCCAACUCUACUGGAACCCUGCAUUCGAUGUUACAAUCCAGUAA